AUGGCCGAAACUGCGUCGGCCGCCACGAUACCGAGAAGACCCAAGCACAAGUCCAAGGAACCAUUCUACGCCGUGUCGCCGUUGUGGAAAGAUGUCGUCCCCAUACCCCUCAUUGACGGCCCGCCAGGCCAAAAAGAUGUCGGUCCGGCGCUCGCCACCAUCGCCUACUCGGUGCGUUACAGCGAAGCCAUGUCUUACCUGAGGGCCGUGAUGGCUAUGAACGAGUUUAGUCGCCGCACACUGGACUUGACCGAGGACAUCAUCGGGAUGAACCCGGCACAUUACACGGUGUGGCUGUAUCGUGCCAAGAUCCUGAAGUCGUUAUGGGAGAAGGAGGGAGUGAGUAUUGAGGAUGGUGUCAAAGAGGAGUUGGAUUGGUUGGAAGAUGUCAGUGAGCGCAAUCUGAAGAACUAUCAGAUCUGGCACCACCGUCAGUACCUGGUCUCCCUGUUGCCGACUUUCCCGCCCAACGAACCCGAGUUCAUCACCCACAUCCUCCUGUUCGAUGCCAAGAACUACCACGUCUGGACGUAUCGGCAAUGGCUGUGUCGCCGUUUCCCCGACCCGCUCUUGACGACGGACAUGGAGUUGCAGGCCGUCGACGCGCUGAUCAACGAGGACGUGCGGAACAACUCGGCAUGGAACCACCGGUACUUUGUCUGUUUCGGUGCCGAGGAGCUGGCGGCCAUCGAGGGGUCCGAGAGCAGGAUCCGCAAGGACGUGCUCGCGAGCGGCAAGCUUGUUGUCGAUGAGGACGUGGUCGAGCGAGAGAUCAACUACGCCAAAGACCACAUCGCCUUGGCUCCGCAGAAUCCAUCCCCCUGGAACUAUCUGAAGGGCGUCCUCAAGAGGGCCGGCAUCCCCAUCACCGAUCUCCAGGUGUUCUGCGAGGGCUUUGUCGGUGGGAAGGACGCGGACCUUAUGAGUGAGAGCGGCAACGUGAGGAGCAGCCACGCCAUCGACUGGUUGGCGGACAUCUAUCGCCUGGACGGCAAGAUUGAGCGGAGCAAGGCGUGUCUGGAUGCGUUGGGCAAUAAGUGGGAUCCCAUCCGACGCAAGUACUGGGAUUGGAGGGCGAAACAGCUGGCUGAGUAG